CAAAAAAAAAUAAAAAAAAUUCCUAACAAAAAUGUCCUCUUGCAGCAAAAUCCGCCAUAUUGUUAAGCUCCGCCAAAUGCUGCAACGUUGGAGGAAGAAGGCCGCUACAACAUCGUCCCGUAGGCACGUCCCGAGCGACGUGCCUACGGGUCACGUAGCGGUCACAGUAGGCCCCAAUUGCAAGAGAUUUAUUGUCCGUGCCACUUAUUUAAACCAUCCAAUGUUCAAAAAAUUGUUGUCACAAACAGAGGAAGAAUACGGUUUUACUAACUCUGGCCCAUUAGCCAUUCCUUGUGACGAAUAUUUAUUCGAAGAGUUGCUUCGUUACUUGGCUCGAUUCGACUAUGCUAACAACAACAAUAAUAUCAUGAAAUAUUUCGAAGAUUUUCAAAGAUAUUGUCACAUGGAUAUUCGAAGUGAUAUUGAUUUUUGGGGUGAUUCUAGACCACUUUUGCAUAAUAAAUCUAUAUGGUGAGUUCAAGAUUUUAAGUCGAUGAAUACAGACAGUCGUGGAAAUGUGAUUGGUGAUGGCAAGAAAGUGGAUGAGUUGAUUAGCUCACACAGAGUCGUCCUAUAUUUUGAAUUAAGAGUGAAAUUCAAGUACAAAGAAACAAGU